CUAUCCUUACCCGAGGAUCAACGCAUCGAGGCUGGUUAGUGCAGAGCUUGUACUGAGGGUGAGCUUGUGAAGGCGCGUGGCGUGCGUGAGGCCAAGGCGAGGAGGCCAAGAAACCGGGGUAGUGCGCCGCAGCACCGCAGGUGAGAUCGCAGGCGGCCGGGCGAGAGCGGCGACCGCCCGCACCGCCGCUACUCUCCCUCAGCUCCAGAGCGCCUCGGCGGCUCCCCUCGGCGUCCCCUCGCGAAGGGCAGGCGGUCUACCUCUCGGAGGUAGGCCAUAUUAUGCUGUGCAGCCAUGUGUGACCAGUGGUCGACGUACCCCGUCAAGAUGCACACCUUGUUCGGGGACCAACAGUCCUACUACCGGCACCCGGCGGCCACCUACCCGCCGGCGGCCCUGCAGCAGAUGUCCAGCAUGACGCCCAACGCCUACAGCUACGACGGCUACACGGCCAUGAGCCGCUACCACCCGUACGGCUACAGCCCGCAGCAGCACACGCCGCCCAAGGACAUGGUGAAGCCGCCGUACUCGUACAUCGCGCUCAUCACCAUGGCCAUCCAGAACAACCCCGACCAGCGGGUGACCCUGAACGGCAUCUACCAGUUCAUCAUGGAGCGCUUCCCGUACUACCGCGAGAACAAGCAGGGCUGGCAGAACUCCAUCCGCCACAACCUCAGCCUCAACGAGUGCUUCGUCAAGAUCCCGCGGGACGACAAGAAGCCGGGCAAGGGCUCGUACUGGACGCUGGACCCCGAGGCGCGCAACAUGUUCGACAACGGCUCGUACCUGCGCCGCCGGAAGCGCUUCAAGAAGAAGGACGCCAUCCGGGAGAAGGACGAGGCUCUCAAGCGGCAGCAGGAGACGCAGGGCACGCCCACGGGCACGGAGACCGAGCCGCGGACGCAGCAGGCGGACGCCACGGCCGUGGGGUCAGUGGUGUCGGGGCCGCAGGAGGGGGAGGGCGGGCAGGUGGGGGGCGGAACUCCCCUGUCGCCCCUCUGCCAGCCCAAGACCGAGCCUCUCGACUCCCCGGACCUCCCUCCCGCCUGCCUGCCGGAAGUCAAAGCCGCCGCCCACACGCCGCCCCUGGCCGCCCUUACAUACCCACGCCCACCUGCCGCCCACCUCGCUGCCCACGACGUCCGCGAGCGCCGGCCACGAGGGCUCGUACCUGGAGGUGGGUUCCUCCUUCAGCGUGGACUCGCUGGUGCCCGGGAGCCGCGACGUGGGGCGCGAGGCCUCCCCCGGGGCGCUCUUGACGGAGGCGCAGCAGCAGUACCGCUCCAGCAUGUACUACGACACGAUGGGCUACUGCCAGUACAGUGACACCCGCGCCCCUUCGGUCUUCCCAACGGCCACCGCAGAGGACAUGAGCGCGUGCGGCAGCACCGUGACUGCCGGAGGCGCUGCGGCCGUGGGAGGCAUGACCAUGCAGGCAGCGGCGACGGAGGCUUCCCGAACGUGCGCGACAUGUUCGAGUCCCAGCGCCUCCUCACCAACCCCUCGUGCCAGCUGGGCUUCCGCGCCUCCUACAAGUACCCGGCCUACUACGACGACGCCACCAAGUAUUGAGGGCUCGGGAUUUAGGCUGUUUGGGAAGACGAGAGAGGCGGAAGGACCGUGGAACGAGGACCUGCGCCACCCAGGGAGGAUUUCUGGGACCGACCAUUGUCUUGGCGUAUGUAAUGGCAGUGUUCCCCACCCCUCGAGCUCCCUCCUGCGGCGCGUCCCCCCCCUCCUUCAGCCACGCCGUCCUGCAUGGAUCCGCGGGCGGGAGGGGCGGCGAGACCGCGCCCAAGCGACAGGAACUACGGGCGUCUGGCACGCCCACAAUCUAGUGAAACCAAAGAGGACAAACCUAGUGAAGCUGGCGGCCGCGUAGCCAUUACGGCCUUCCAGUGUGUGUUCUGUUAUUAACUACAGUGACUUCACCCAGUGCUGUCUACUAGCACCAUGUACGUCCUGUGUGAACGCGCCCACCAUGUGCAUGCGCCUUCAAAGCUAUGUACGUAUAGACAGAUUCAUGUACGCAUAGGGUUCCUUCCUAUGAAAGUAUAUGAGCGAUCGAUGUACCUCUAGGACAUGCCGAUGUGUAUAUCUUGAUAUUAUUUAACACUGUGUAACAUAACGCAUAAUAUAUUACGCUUUUUGAUA